CCGAAAGCGAAAGGAGCUCCGGGCGGUUUCGCUUUCUCCCUGCCUUUCUCCCUACUAGUCGCCUGGAAGAAGGAGGGAGGCCGGGGAUCGGGAUGUCUUCCGCGGCCCCGCUCCGUCUGCGGGAGUGGCUGCUGGCCCAGCUGGAGAGCGGGCGCUUCCCGGGGCUGCGCUGGGAGGACCGGGGCCAGAAGACCUUCCGCAUCCCCUGGAAGCACGCCGCCAAGCAGGACUACCGCCAGCACCAGCACGCCGCCCUCUUCAGGGCUUGGGCCAUCUAUAAAGGCAAGUACCACGAAGGGAUGGACAAAGCUGACCCCUCCAUGUGGAAAACCCGCCUCCGAUGUGCCUUGAACAAAAGCACUGACUUCAGGGAAGUCCCUGACCUGAGCCACCUGGACAUUUCAGAGCCUUACAAAGUAUAUCAGGUUGUGACCAAUACUGGUGCUGCUGAAUCCCAGCAAGAAACAGAUAAGGAAAAUAGCAAGGAGUCCCUCCAGGAGCCAAACAUACCUUUGACGUCUGCGAAAGAAAGGAGACCUAAUGGUGAAUCAAUCAAGGCCAGAAGGGCAUCCUCACAUUCAGAUCAGGAAAGCAAGAAUGAUCUGGUGCCAACUGGCCAUAAUUCUUCAGGGGUAGCCCAGGCUUCCCAGAAGACAAACCAUACUGAACAGCAGGGCUACCAGGUGAAAGGGAUUUUCUAUGGCUGGAGCCCAGCGCAGUUUCGGUGUCAUCCGAGCCCCCACUUUAUUGGUCCCAGCUCCCAACUUGCAGAAAUGGAAAGCAUCAACUCAGAUUGCUGGCUGCACAUUCGCCUGUAUUACUGUGAUGUCCUGGUGAAGGAGGUCACCACAACCACAGCCGAGGGCUGUCGGAUCACCUUUCUGCCAGUGCCGGCUGAUAACACUUGCCUUUACGGUCCAAGUGGCAUGGAGCAAAUUGAAUUUCCUGCCCCGGCUGCGGUGGCUGGGAAUUGUCAAGUGACCAGGGCCAUCAGCAUCCUGGAAAGGCUUCUCCCCUUCUUACACCGUGGGGUCCUCCUCUGGGUGGCCCCCGAGGGAGUCUUCAUGAAACGGCAAUGCCAAGGCCGGGUUUAUUGGAAGGGGCCUAUGGCACCCCACAAUGACAAGCCCAACAAACUGGAGAGGGAGAAAACCUACAAGCUAUUGGACACCCAGCAGUUCCUCCAGCAGUUACGGAGUUACCUGAGCGAAGGAGAGCCCCCACCCCAGUACCAGAUCCGCUUUUGUUUUGGAGAGGAAUAUCCUGCCGCUGGCAACCAGAAACUCAUCAUGGCCCACGUCGAACCAGUCUUUGCCCGUGAUAUUGCCCUCCAUGCCCAGCAACUGGGGCCGCGGUCACUCCAGGGCUCUCUGUCUUGCAACUUGGACCUCCCAGGAACCACCCAGAUCCUGAAGCAGCUGUGCGGUAACCGGGGCUCCAUUGGAGCUCUCUGCUUCCUCCCUCUUCUCUUCCCCGAUGUAACUUCGGCAGAGCAGCCAGGCUAG